AUGAUGGACUGUGCAGAGAAAAUUAAAAAUGAUAUUAAAAACAUGUCCAUGUAUGUCUCUACUCUGGUUCCCUGUGGUGGCGACGGCCCGAUUGACUUCAUCUGUCUGGUGAAGGGUUGGCUGGGUCGCGUCUGCCAGCUUUUGGGCUCAAAACCGAACCUCAUUCGAGAGGGCGAACUUGCGGCCUUCCUUUCUUACGCCAUCGCUUAUCCUCAAAACUUCCUCACUGUGAUCGACAGCUACAGUGUCAGCUGCAGUGGUCUGCUGUGUUUCUGUGCUGUGGCGUUGGGUCUGGAUGAGCUGCAGUAUCGGCCGCUGGGCCUCAGGCUGGACAGUGGCGACCUCUGCAGGCAGUCGCUGGAAGUGCGCCGAGUAACUCAGCAAACAUUUAGUCCGGAACGGGACACGGUUCAACACGGACUCGGCUGCGCACUUGUUCAGGAAGAAAAGUAA